AUGUCGUAUAGCAAAGUUAUCAGUGGCGUCGCUGGAAGUAUUGCUGGCAUUAUGCUGUUCCAGCUACUUAGCUUUUACUUAAUGAAGCCCAAAAAAAAGGAUGGCAUUAAUCACAGCCCCCCUGGUCACAUGCCUAGCCGCUCUUCCAAUGAAGAUGUGGCAGUUGACGUCGACGAGGACACAGUCACCUCAUUUCAGCAGUCAUCCACCGACUACGACGGAGCCACACAUAAUUUUCCAUUGGACGUUACAACUUCAAAUGCAGGAGCAUCCAUCAUCCCCGGAGAGAAUGCUCCUCUUUGUUCGACUUGCACAGAACUAGAUUUCCAUCUGAUCCUCCGCAAUGGGAUCCCAAGGGAAAGCGCGAUCUCACUCGGCCCUCUCACAGGCAUCAUACAAAGAGCUGGUCAGUGCGGUUUCUGCCGUCUUGCGUCUAUUGUCAUCCGUCGAACAUGGCUUCUGGAUGAACACCCGCAUGUCGACCUCUCUGAAAUUCAGUGCUCGCUGUAUUCGAUGGACUGUGGUUGUUUACAGGAUCCUGCACCUGCGCCAAAGGAAUUAUGCCAUCGCUUUUACAUUCAGCCUUCAGAUCGGCCACGGGAGAUCUAUGAUGCUAUGCUUGCAGCAAACACAGGGCUUAUGCUAGAUAUCCAGCUCUUAGAGGAAGAUGCUUGCAACAAUGAAAGAACGGAGGAGCUUCAUGGGAGGAGAGUGGGAGAUACUAUCGACAUAGGACUCGUGAAAAAGUGGCUUGAUCUUUGUGAGAGGGAACACGGUGACGUCUGCGAAUCUGUGUGGUGGAGGGGUAGUGAUAAAAAUCUACCUAAGGGCGUGCGGAUGCUAGACGUGACCUGUAUGUCUAUAGUACAUGCACCCCCAGGAUGCCGCUAUGUAGCCCUGAGCUAUCUUUGGGGAGGCAUGGGAGCAGAGUAUUGGACGACGCAGGCUAACUUGAAACAACGGGGUGUGUCCGGUGGUCUUGAUAUGUCUUCUUUGCCUGGGACGAUCACAGACUCAAUCCAGCUUGUUCGCCAGCUUGGCGAACGUUAUCUCUGGGUCGACGCUCUUUGCAUUAUCCAAGACAAUUUGAAAGACAAGGCCGUGCAAAUUGGUGUCAUGGAGCUGAUUUAUGGCAGCUCCCUCUUUACGAUAUUUGCUGCUGGUGGUAGAACCGCUAAUUCUCCUCUACCGGGGCUUCGUCCAGGGACUCGCCGGCAGCAACAACACAUAGAUGUCAUCCAAGGUCUCCAUCUUACUGUUCCACUUCCAAUGCUUCGUGAGACGCUUACACGGACAGCCUGGGAUACACGUGGCUGGACUUUCCAGGAAGUUAUGCUCUCCCGCCGUCGAUUAUUCUUCACAGACCAGCAAAUAUAUUUCGAGUGUGGGCAGGAUGUGUGGUGCGAAGAUGUAGUGGCAGAGAGGAAGCGCCAACCACGGUCUUACCAACCACUACGGUACAACGGUGUAGGGGGUCUUACUUUCCUGCGGACCCCACCAAGCUGGGCCAAAAAUGAAUAUUUAUCAAGCUAUGCCAGUGCCGUCGGACUUUACACGCAACGCCAGCUUACUAUGGAGUCUGACAUAGUCAAUGCUAUCACAGCACUAACCAAUGCAUGGACGAAAGGUUUCAAGUUGAAUGGGGGUGAUCCCCGUAAAGCCUUCCGUUUUGGUAUGUCAAUAACCGACUUGCACACUGUGCUUUUGUGGCAGCCAGAAGCAAAUGUAAAACAUUAUCGACGAUCAAAUGGGGGAAUGGGGAGCGCGCCUUGGCCGUCCUGGUCGUGGGCAGGGUGGCGGGGCGCUGUCCACUAUGCUGGUAGCGGCCAAUACCUCGAAAUCCACAAGAAUACCGAAUCUCCACGGCUCUUGGAAUCAUUGGUCGAUCCCUGGUUUAUCGUGGACGAAGGUGGGGAAGUAGUUCAGCUGGAAGUCGGGCGCAUGAAUCGAGCUACUGCCUACCCAGAAGAAAUAGGACCGAGACAGUAUUUACCCCCCCAAGGGAUUUUCGAUCCACUGCAGCUAGGCCUUACGAAUGAGCAUCCCCCAGAACCUGGCACCCUUAUCUUUCGCACAAGUUCUGCAUGGUUCGAUAUCGCACAAGUCAAUAGUGUUAGCUCAAACAUUGAAACACAUUACGCUUUCUUCUCCAUACUAUCAAAUAUACCAUCCCCUUCGACUCGGGUAGGACGGAUCAUCCUACCCCUUUCCAUACGCUCUCCGGCAUCUCUCAAAUUUAUUGUUCUUUCUCGGACCAAUGGACCCUCGGGCGUGUAUGAUGAAAACGUUCUAGGGGAACGAUAUUCUGGGUGUUUCUUGUACGUGAUGGCGGUUGAAAAGAAAGGUGAUACUACCAUAAUGGAGCGCGUCGGAGUUGGUAUAAUUUUUGAAGGAGCCUGGCUUCAGUCAACUGCAGAAGAGACGGUAGUGUUGCUUGGCUAA